AUGCCCGAAGGAACAAUGAAAGCGCUGUGGUAUCACAGCCCUAAAAACUUUGAGAUAAGGCAUGUCCCAAUCCCCAAGUGCGGCGACGACGAGCUCCUCCUGAAAGUGAGCUGCUGUGGUGUCUGCGGCACCGAUGCGCACAUCCACGACGGCGAGUUCAUCGCCAAGUUCCCUCUCAUCCCCGGCCACGAAGCCAUUGGCAAGGUCAUCGAGAUCGGCAAGGAAGUCAAGGGUUUCGAGCUCGGCGACCGCAUUGUGGCCGACGUCGGCAUUUCUUGCGACAACUGCUUCUUCUGCCGCCGCGGCGAGCCCGUACUGUGCGAGAGCUUCAAUGCCCGCGGGGUUACCCUAGACGGCGGGUUCGCGGAAUACAUCGCCUACCCACAAAGGAAGUGCUACAAGAUUCACAACCUUACGGACGAAGAAUCCACCCUCCUCGAGCCGGCGGCCUGCGCGAUCCAUGGGCUUGACAAGCUGAACCCGCCAGUCGGGAUCGACGUCCUCCUCCUCGGCGCGGGCCCGACCGGGCUCAUUCUCGCGCAGCUGCUCAAGCUCAACGGCGCGAAGAAGGUUGUGAUCGCGGCGAACAAGGGUAUCAAGAUGGACAUUGCCAAGCAGCUAAAUGCCGCGGACGAGUAUGUUGAGCUCGACCGGCAGAGCCCCGGCCCGCAGUGGGAGCAGCUGCUGAAGGAGAACCCGUAUGGGUUUGACGUCGUCGUCGAGGCGACCGGCGUGGAGAAGGUCGCGCAAGACAGCAUCAACUACGUCCGCCGCGGCGGCACCCUCAUGAUUUACGGCGUAUACGAGAACAAGGCGAGGGUGCACUGGCCACCGUCCAAGAUUUUCGGCGACGAGAUAAAGAUCCUUGGGUCGUUCUCGCAGGCGUACUGCUUCCCUCGUGCGGUAGCCUACCUCGACGGCGGUAAAGUCAACGUGAAGGGCAUGGUCACGGACGUCUUCAAGCUCGACAAUUUCCAGGGCGCGCUCGACAAGAUGAAUAGUCGUGGCGCGCUCAAGAUCGCGAUCCAACCCUGA